AUUUCAUCAAGACAAGAAUAAAAUAAGAGCCAAAUAUGUCAACAACAGAGCUUCAACCACAGAAUAAUUCUGGAUUACGGUCUAUUUUAUCCAAAUAUAAUUUUAAACUUUCUCUGGCAUCAGAUGACUACUUAGAAAGAAGAAAACGUCAAAUGGUAUUGUUCUUGACAUCAUCGGCCAUAACGAUCUUUGCCUCCAGAUUUGCUUAUAAAGCAACAAUAACAAGACAGUUUGUUCCAACUUUAUUCCAAGGAAACCAUCAUCCACCAACAAGCUAUAACUUCACUACGGAUGCUGCCGUUGCUGUAGGGACAGGAACUUUGCUUUGUGGAUCAGUCAGUUCAAUGAUUAUAUUUGGUACAGCUUGGAUAAUGGAUGUAUCGAGUUUUAAAGAAUUUGGUUGGAGGAUGAAACUAGUAAUGGGUGGUCAUGAUAACGAAGUCAAAUUGAGUCAAAUCCCUUUGGAUGAAGAAAGUGCAUAUAUCCAAGACGGGUUAAACGAUCUUUUGGAAGGUAAAUAUGACGACUUGCCAAAUGAUGAACAGCAAACAAAAUCAGAAUAAAAGAAGCUGAGUCUUCUACCUUGUAUAUAGUUCAAUUUUUAUAUAUUCAUGUCAUGAUGUAAAUAAUAAAAGUAUACUAUAAAUAGACAGAAUAAAGAGAUU